AGGCUGCAUACAAUUUGUCCACGAGGAAAGAAGAUGAUGAUGUUUGAAAAACGAGCUUUAACCAACGCACUUUAAUGUUUUGAUUCAGGUUUUGAUCAAUAAUCUAUUUGAAUUAAUGGAUGAAAAGUGCAGAGCUCUGCCAGGUCGGUGUCCAGGAGAACAAAACAUCUUUGCAGUCGUCUCCAGUGGUGAGACGGACACUGAAAACCGUGUUCUUAACAAGAGAUUUAGAGUCAUCCAAGCCUUCCUGAAGUCCUCGGUGGAUGAGGAGGAUCUCCCUCGUUUCCUUUGCUGCGACAUCGUGGUUUCCGGAAGCGUCAAAGCUGCGAGCAGACCGAUUUCCCAUUAAGGAGUCGGAGAGCCACACGGGACAGAAAGUGAAGCAGAUGGGAAGACAGUUCCUGCCUCAGAUGGGACCUCAGCUUCCUCACCUUUUCCUGAGGACCAGACCGUAGAUAGUUCCUGCAGAUGAUUCCAGGUGAAUGCUGCAUGUACUCACUGAUUCACUUAAUACACUUUGGCAAACUGAAGACAUUCAAUAUUCAAUCCUAAAAGUCCUGGCUGCGUGCCUGGAGUAAAUUGCAGUGUGAUGAUGUCUUUUAUAGCUUCUGAGGAACUACAAGCGCUGAAGAAUUACAGGGAGUGUGAUGCUUCGAAAACUGACACUGACCGUAGCUUCUUACAUGUGGCAUUUACAACCUAAGGACAUACGAGCUAUUUCUGGAGGUACAGACUACGCUGUUUAACCACAGCACAGCCCAUCGGCCCGCGGCCAUGUGUGCAGGACACACACACACACACACACACACUCUGCAUAGACAGACCACCAGGACAUUAUGUAAACUGAACUAAAGGGAAAUGCAAUGAAAUGUAUGGAAGCUCAGAGAGACGGGGGCAAACAUUUGGAUAAACUUUCUAUUUAAUUAUAGAAAAUACCUGGGAAAUCCGGGCCUAAUCUCUCUGUUUAAUUAUAUGUCUUUGCUUAAUUCAUUUAAUCUCUGAAGAGAAGAAAGAGCUUUUAGCAGGUCAGCAGUUUGAGGUAAGUCUCCCCCACCUCCUUUGGUCAUGUGACAGGAAGCUGCAGGCCUACGGUGACCUGUCAACACACACCUCGUCCCGUCUCCUCUUACACGCCACCUGCAUUAUUGAAUCCCUGCAGAGAAGAUCGGGCUCCGAGCUCACCGGACAUGGACCCGGCAGCGACUUAGAGGAACUACUACGGCUCGACAUGUUCGCCGCGGCCACCAAGAACUUUGUGAAGCAGGUCGGGGACACCGGGAGGCUGAUCCCCGUCCCCAGCCUGAGCGAGGCCGACCGCUACCAGCCGCUGAGCCUGGUGACCAGGAAGAGGAAGAGGCACUUCUGGAAGAAGAACAAGUACGCCUCCACCGCCUUCUCGCUGAAGGACGUCCUGGUUGGGCGGAAAGAGAUCACAGCAGGAGUGUCUUCUUAUCAGCUGCUGAACUACGAGGACAAAUCCGACGUGGCCCUCAGCGGCCGCUUGGGAAACCACCUCAUCAACGACGUGGGGUUCAACAUCAGCGGCUCGGACUCGGUGGCCGUCAAAGCCUCCUUCGGCAUCGUCACCAAACACGAGCUGGAGGUGCCGACCCUCCUGCGGGAGCUCAACUCCAGGAAGGUGGACCUGGAUCACUGCCUGGUCCGUCAGUCCAAGGGGAGCGGCCGGACCGUCCUCUGUGUGGUGGUGGAGAGCAUCCGGACCACCCGCCAGUGCUCGCUGAGCGUCCACGCCGGCAUGAGGGGGACCACCAUGAGGUUUCAGAUCGACGACGGCAGGAAUCCCAGAGGCCGAGACAAGGCCAUCGUCAUCCCGGCGCACACCACCAUCGCCUUCAGCGUCUGCCAGCUGUUUGUUCGACUGGACGGGCGCCUCGAUAUCUGCGUGGCUCCAGGGUCUCAAGGUGGAUUCGAGCGGGAGCAGAUCCGGGAGCAGCUGGGUGGUUACAUCGGCCACUUCUCCAUGGGCCGACUGCGCCGGUUCCUGUCUGGAAUCAUCUAUGGAAACCCCUUCAGAGCAGAAAACCAAACAUUCGAGGAGCUCACCCACUCCGACACGUACAUGGACGACAUGGUCACCGACUACUACGAGAAGGCCGCCAGCAUGACGGACGUGUCCACCGCCUACCUGAGGGACAGCUCCCACACGCGGGUCAACCUGCUCAAACACAACAUCCCCAAGGGGCCCUGCGCUCUCUGCGGCAUGGGCAACCAGCGGCGGGAGACCGUCUACGGCUGUCUGGAGUGCACCCCCGGGGGCCAGAAAUACGUCCGGCUCCACGUCGUGCCCUGUUUCGACCUCUGGCACAAAACGCUGAGGUGAUGACGAAAAGCGCUGUGUUCACGUUCCGCUGGUGCAAUAGAAGUGCGACUGUUUACCAAGCUGCUUUUUGAGAUGUUUGUUUGUCUUUCAAAUAAAACUCACUCAAAGACUAGA